GAAAUUGUCUGCCCUGGUUGUCCCGCCAAGCGUUGGAGCUUUCGUGGAGGACUUUGUGCACAAUCAGGUCUUUGCAGAUCUCCGAGAUCUUUUGGCCAAGAACCUGGGGCAUGUGAACUCGACCCUCCGGGUUGGCAGCCUUUUCUCUGGGUGGGGAGUUCUGGAGAUGGUGUGCCAGGAUUUGCAGAAAUGCUGGAAUUCGGUCCAGCCCAGUGGUUCUUCAUUGGAGGUCGAUUUGCUGGUUGGUGGCUUUCCAUGUGUCUCCCUUUCAAUGUUGACAACGACUCCCGGAAGUGUGCUGGAUCCAGACUGCAGCAGUGGCAAAGGCUAUCUCGGAUUGGAAAAGUACGUGAGGUUGCACCGACCGAGACUUGUGCUGAUGGAGAACGUCGCCUCACUAUUUUCAAAGCGGGAGGUAUCAGGUGGCAUUUCUGCGUUUGACCUCAUAGAGAAGCGGUUCUCAAGUCUGGGGUAUCUUGUUUCUGGGGCGAUCUACAACGCGGCAGACUUCGGGGUCCCGCAGCAGAGGCGCCGUGCAUGGCUGCUGUGUGUCUUGAAGUCAGAGAUUGCCUGUGACGCUGCCAAGCUGGAAGCUGAUGUGAACCGAUUCCAGCGGAAGAAUGUCCCACUCUCUAGCUGUCUGAAUCUCAAAGAUUGGCCAAGUGUCAAUUCCAUGAAGGGCAAGGGUGGUAAGGGUGGCAACAAGUGGGAGGACAGCUUUGCAGAACAGUGCAAGAUCUUUGGGAAGGAGACACACGACAUGUUUUUGGAUUGCGUGUAUUUUCUUGAAUUGGAGUGA